CUUAAGCCCAGUAUUUUUAUUACGCAUCCUUUUCACUUAAAUCAUAGAAGAUGUCGAAGAGAGGACGUGGAGGAGCAGCUGGAGGGAAGUUUCGCCUUUCUCUUGGUUUACCAGUUGGUGCGGUGGUUAAUUGUGCUGACAACACUGGUGCCAAAAAUUUGUAUAUUAUUGCGGUAAAAGGUAUCAAAGGUCGUCUUAACAGACUGCCGGCCGCUGGUGCUGGAGACUUAGUUCUGGCCACUGUUAAAAAAGGAAAACCUGAACUAAGGAAAAAAGUUAUGCCUGCUGUAAUUAUAAGACAGAGGAAAGCCAUUAGAAGAAAAAAUGGACUAUUUAUCUAUUUUGAAGAUAAUGCUGGGGUGAUUGUGAAUGCCAAAGGAGAAAUGAAAGGUUCAGCUAUAACUGGGCCUGUUGCCAAGGAGUGUGCUGAUUUAUGGCCAAGGAUAGCCUCAAAUGCAGGCUCUAUUCAUUGAAUUGUAUCCACUGUGUUACUGAAUAAAACAGUUGUACAAAGCCAAA